UGAGUCAGUACAAAUAUGCUUCAGAUGUUUUCUAAAUUCUUUGUCUCUGUUUUGCAGGUGUCUCUGAGCACUGAAUGUGUGCGCGCCAUAAUGAAGAUGACAUACUGUCCUCACUGUAGCGGCGUGGCUUUUGCCAAGCCCUGCUCAAGCUACUGUAAGAAUGUCAUGAAGGGCUGCCUCGCCAAUCAAGCAGAUCUGGACUCGGAGUGGAGGAACUUGGCAGAUGCUAUGCUGGAGGUAGUUGACAAACUGAGCCGGCCUUACAGUGUGGAUUCGGUGGUUCUGUCUCUGCCAAAACGCAUUGCUGAAGCUAUUCUCUACAUGCAAGACAACCUCAACACGUUCAACAAUAAGGUGUUUCAGGCAUGUGGUUCUCCUGCUCAGAGCUCCAAAACUGAGGACCAGAUCAAGCGAGGUAGAAACACAGCAGAAGAAGUGAGCGGCACCCCAGAAGCCCAACUGGAGAAAGUGUUAUCCGAUGUGUCCAGAAUGUUGAGGGAUAUCAUGCAGUACUGGGUCCAUUUGCCCAGAAAACUGUGUGUGGAUCGCGAGUCUGGACCGAGCGAAGCAGACACAUGUUGGAACGGAAUGAGUGUGGACAGGUAUCUGCCAGAAGUGAUGGGAGAUGGACUGGCCAGUCAGAUCAAUAAUCCUGAGGUGGAAAUUGAUAUUACCAAACCAGAUAUGGCUGUACGCAAACAGAUCAUGCAGCUUAAGAUAAUGAUCAAUCGACUGAAGUAUGCCGUCAAUGGAAAUGAUGUGGACUUCCAGGAUACCAGUGAUGAUAUCAGCGGUUCAGGAAGUGGAAUGUGCGCCGAUGAUCAGUGUUCCCGCAAUCCACGUUUAAUGGCCCCAAACACGGACAAGCCCAUUGUAUACGCCUAUCCGUCAGAGAACAAGAAGGUGGUGAACGGAAGAAGCAGCCAGAACCUUCCAUGCGUCAGCCUCUACCUUCUCUCUUUGGUCACAGUCUUGUUUAGGCGAUAAUCGGCAGGCAAUUCCACCAACUGGGACUGAGGACAGGACUGGGUUGGGUUGUGGAGGGGCGGGGUUAGUCACAUUGCCAAAACAAACAUGCAAACAUCAACAGAAUCCGGCGAAUGCAUCACUUUUUUUUUUGUCUUGAAUAAGAACACCAUGGAAUAUUCUUAGAUCUGUGUACUUUUUUGUCUCUUAUUUGAUAUAUGACACCCCUAGAGCUGUCUGUGGUGGAAAAGGUCUCUGAGAAUGCGCCAAUCUGUAACAAUAUCUAUAUGAAAAUGCACCCCAACAAACAAAACAUGCUUGUUUUCCUUAUUCAAAAAAACAUUUUAGAUGAUAUUUAUUUAUUAAUUAAGACCCAUAAAGAUAAGACAUCUCUGGCCGCUCAAGCCUGAGAAUGUCCUUCAACACUUGUUCAAAGUGAACAAAACAUCGUAAAGAACCAUGUGUUCUUAUCUUUGUUUUAAAGCUUUUCUAAUCGUGAAAACAAGCUUUACUCAGUCUUGUUUCAUGAAGACCAGCGGUCACUCUGUCUCUCUCUCUCUCGUUCAUUGUACUAGUUUCUGCACUCCGCUUUGCAAAUGGGUUUCAGGGGCCAUUUUAAAGAAAACACAACAUGUAUUUACUCUGGAUGUAAAUAAACGUGUACUAACCACAGUCACAUUUUCAAUAUAGCCUUGAGGACCCUCAACAGCACUAGAGCAAUAUUUGGGAUGAAACGUUAAUGCACCAGCAACGAGAAAGAGACAAGCGCGUUUUCCGUGGAACAGAUAUGUAAUGACCGUCAUCUCAGAAAGGGAUUUUACACAUGGGAAAAGACAAGCCGGAGAAUGAAAGACUUGAAACCGGAGGGAUGUGGAGGGGUUUCUGGACAUUGUUAAUUUGAUAUUGAUUCAAACCACAUAGAGAUGUGUGUGUGGGUUAUGUGUGAGUGCACUUCAGAGAAAACGUUGCUUUGUAAGUACUCACUAUACACAUAUACACGUGUACUCAAUACAUGCUGCAUCCACGUCAGAUCUGAUUAGUUCAGUGAGUCACAGAUGUAUGUCUCAGAUAUUUCCUGGCCCCACACCCUGCCCUUCAUUAGCAGACAAGUUGGGUUGUUUAUGGUACGCACACAAUGUUGAUGUGAAAACGUGUUGCGCAAACGUUUGCGUAACCUUUUACCAAUGAAAGUCUGUCAGUUUUAGGUAAGAAUUGCACUCUAUGCAAGUAUGUAAAGGCAAAUAAUGUAUGCAUAAUAUGCAUACUAAUAUUUUUGCGUCAAUGUAACGAUAGCACACCUAUAAACUGUUACCAUCAAAUGUUUGCGUUACUGAAUCGAAUGUUGUUGUUGUUAAGGUACUGUAGCUAUAGCUAUAAACAUGUUGACCAUUGGACUAACUUAGCUUGCUAAGCUAAACAGCAUGCAUCCUCCCAUACUUGUGUUGGAUUAUGAAAUACACUUAAUUACCAACAACCCCAUGACCUUACACAGGAAAAGCGGUUUGGAGAAUAAAUGGAUGGUUGAAAUAAUACAUACUAAUACAUUUUUGCGUUAAUGUAAUAGUAGCACAUCUUAGUACUCAAGGAGGCGAUAGAGUUAUCAUCAUAAGUUUGCAUCAUUGAAUCUAAUGCCGUUGUUGUUAAACUAUAAAUGUGUUGACCGUUGGACUAGCUAACUUGAACUAGCUUGCUAAACUAAAUUCACUUCAAACUAUUAAAACACCAUGACAAUAUGUCAAAUGUUUGCUAAAACUUCCUUAAUACCCACAAUAAUGCACCUUUCACACUUAUGUUACGUUAUAAUCACUGAAGCUAAUUUCCAGCAUUCCCUACAGAGGAUACAAUGGUUUGGAGAAUGGAUGAAUUUGGGCUAAUUUCAUAACGCAAUGUAAAAUCAAGCAUAGCUAGAAGCAUUUGUGUUCUCGUACUUGCAUAGAGUUCAGGCCUAGUCAGAAUGAAGUUUUUUUUUUUUUAACCAAACCUGAAAAGAGCUUAAUUUUUGGCUCUUUUAAUGAGCUUUGCGUUUGUGGAGGUUACAGGAAGUGAUGUAUCUGAUUAAGGUUGCCAUUGGUUUUGCAGGGAAAGUGCUGCAGUUUCGGUCACCAUGUGGCAUACAGAUUUGACCGGCUCAUUGAGAUGGAGAGCAAAACCCCCUCCCUUCAAGUUUAGAAAUGCUGCACUCUGCAUGACGCACACGGCCAUGUCCGCAUGACUACAUCACAUGAUCAGGGGUCGAUAACAGAGAAAUAUCCCACAGGCGGUGUUAUGGAUUGUUUGUUGAUCGAUUGGAUCAGAUGUGGUUGAAAAAAUGGACCCGUGGCACAAUUCACUAACUAUCUGUAGAGUGAUCUGACCUGAAAUCAAUCUUAACUGUCUUUAGCAUGUUUGUUAAAUCAUUGACAGUUAGUAGUCUGACCCCAGGUCAGCUAAACAGUCCCACAUCUAGAUGUGAUGGCAUAAAUGUGGCACUGCCACUCACUCUUUACAGAUGAAUGUGGCUGAUAUUGUCAAAAUGUGCUGAGGUGAAAAAAUGAAAUUGCAUUCUGGUAUAUACUUUAUUUUUGUUUGUUUGUUAAAAAAAAUUAAUAACGGGGAGUUUGUGUUUAAGGUUGAAAGUAGUACAUUUUGAAGAGACUGAGGAAAUUAUCUGUCCAUUGUUGUUGUCUGUUCUUUAAAAAGAAAGAGAAAAACCCUUGUGUCAAUUAUAUAGAUCAAAAGAUUUUGAAAAUA